AUGGCUGAAACUCAAGGAGCUAUUGGGUCCUCUUCAAGAUCAGAAAUGAUUGCCCAAGAUGACAAUCUGUUUUACCUCCACCACUCUGACAUUCCUAGUGCUUGCCUUGUUUCUCAACCUCUCACUGGCGACAACUAUGAAACAUGGAGGCGUGCCAUGACCAUGGCUCUCUUAGCAAAGAAUAAGAUGAGUUUUGUCGAUGGUUCCCUACCAAAACCCACAUCUCCGGCAUCCCUUGUUAUAUCUUGGGAAAGAUGCAAUAAUAUGGUCAUUUCCUGGCUGCUCAAUGCCAUUCAUAAGCCCUUGAUGCCAACAGUCGUAUAUGCUAAAGAAGCUGCUUUUGUUUGGAAGGAGCUAAAAAUCAGAUUCACGCAGUCUAAUGCUCCUCGCCUGUAUCAAAUUCAGCAGCAAAUCAUCAACUGCAAACAAGGUCAGUCUCCUAUAAGCAUUUAUUAUACACGAAUCAAAGGUUUAUGGGAUGAAUAUGAUGCAUAUGUCACUCCUCCGGUAUGUGAUUGUGGAGCAAUAAAGAAGUUGACUGAGAUACAAGAACGUGAUAAGCUGAUUCAAUUUUUGAUGAGUUUGAAUGAAAGUUAUGGUCCCAUUCGUAGCCAAAUACUUCUUAUGGAACCAAUGCCCGACACUCCAAGGCUUAUGCCUUAUUGGUUCAAGAAUAAAGACAGCGAGAGCUUCAUAUUCCACUUCAGCCUGACUCUAUCUCUGCGGCAGCUACCAUAA